AUGGAACGAUGUACACAAAUCAGAAUACGGUCAAAUAAAGAAAACCUCAAAGCAAGGAUAUCGGGUCCACCAGAGUUCGAUCUGGUCAGCUGUCAGUUCGCACUUCACUACUCCUUCAUCGACGAGGAGUCAGCACGUACCUUCUUACGGAACGCUACAGAAACUUUACGGCCAGGCGGUUUAUUAAUAGGAACAUUACCAGAUGCGGAAAGGAUUGUGUAG